AUGUCCGCACGUGCUCUUGAAGCUCUCCGCAAGUUCACCGCCUGUGACAUUGGCGAUGCUCUCGUAAAGCUCAAGUACCCGCAGGGUGGCUUCCUCGACGGCAUCCGGAUGUUCUCCCCGGGCUCCGGCACCCGCAUCUUCGGCCCCGCAGUGACGGUGCAGAUGGUUGAGACGAGCGACACCUCGGCACCAAAGCUGGAAAAGCACUUCGUAGACCACAACGAGGAGGGCGGCGUCAUGUACAUCCAACAGCCGAAGGGGUUGCCCUCGGCCUGCUGGGGUGGAUUGAUGUCAACGCGAGCUAAAUACCUCGGCGCCCAGGGUGUCGUCAUAGACGGCCGUAUGAGGGAUGUUGGCGAGCACAACGAAAUGGGAUUUCCCGUAUUCGCCCAGGGAACUUCUAUCCUUGGAUCAAACACGUUCACGCGGGCGUCGAGAGUCAACGUACCGCUUCAGUUCAAGGGUGAUCUCUGGAUCAAUCCAGGUGACAUAUUAAUCGGCGAUGCGGAUGGUGUUGUCGUUACACCACCCUCGCUGGUCGAAAAGGUUGUUGCUCUUUGCCAGGAGCGUGCCGAGGUGGACGAGAAGAUGUUUGUUGAGUUACGGAAGGGGGCGGCAAUGGGAGACCUCAUCAAGAACGUAAGAAAGGAUAAAUAG